GGACAUAAAAUACUUUGGUUCAUAAACAUAUUAUUCUAAAUCAACGAUAUUUAAAUACACUUUACUAAAAAAAUAUAUAUACAUAUAUAUAAAAGCAAAAUUGCGAGAUAAAAUUAUGGCAGAUUUUUCAUUUAUAAUACCAACAUCUAAUGCAGAUCUUUUGAAUUCUCAAAGAGAUAUUUAUUUCGUCAAAGAAGUUUAUGACGCUAAAGAAAUAUCAGAUCAGCUUCGAAGAUGUAAACAGGCGGCAUUAGCGGGCGAUCCUUUCUACAUCUUUGAUCAUUUCGACACUUAUUUUUCUGUAAUUGAAAAUUCGAAGAACUUGUCCACAAUUCAACUGCUUAGAGCAUUCGAUUUACUAUAUUUAACUGUCGAUAAGUUGGGUGCCAAAUUAGCGGGCAUAUUAAAUAGUAACGAAAAUAUAAAAGAGAGAAAUUCUUACUUAAAUUUGACUAAAAUGACCAUUUAUUUAUUGGUCGGAACAGUUAAGUGCUUGGAUAAUGUUGUUUGUCAUUCGCAAACACAACAACUCAAAAAGAGUAAAAAAGUAAAUGUAGACUUUUUUGAAGGGCAGGAUUGGGAACAAAAAAGAUUCAAGUUCUUAAUUCAGCUCUAUGACUUUUUUCAACUUCCUUUAGAAAAGCUCUGGGAUCCACCUGUAGCAGAAGAGAAUUUUGUGAACUUGUUAUGCGACGUUUCCUAUCGUACACUUGAAAUUUAUUCAAGCAAAAAUAAAAAUGUCAGCGAUACUGUAUUUCAAAUUCUUGGAGCUGCAAUAAAACGAUAUAAUCACGCUUUAACAUUCCCAAUAAAAAUUUUACAAAUUCUCAGAAAUAGUGAAGAAUCAUUAAUUCCUACAGCAAAUGGGUUGCUUUUGCUUCAUGAAGAGUUUGGAAUAACUACAGUUUUUCAAGUUCUUUUGAAAGAUAUCGUGGAAACUUUGAGCACAGACUCAGGCGAUACCCAAAUAGCAAGAUAUUUUAGUACUUUUUUAACUGAGCUAGGUGUUAUAGCUCCGAAAUUAAUGAUCCCGCAUUUGUCUUCAGUUGGUGAUGAAUUACUAAAUUGUGAAUCUCACGUUCUAAGAAAUUGUGUUUUGCAAAUGAUGGGAGAUGUUAUAUCAGUUGAACUUACAUCUGAAGAUCUUACCGAAGAAAUGAAAGAAAUCCGAGAUGAAUUUCUGGAUAAUUUAUUACAGCACAUAAAAGAUGUCUCAGCCCACGUACGUUCAAAAGUUCUACAAAUUUGGAAUCACAUGAAAGAACAAAAUGCGGUUCCGUUAGCAUACCAAUUUAGAGUACUUACAGAAGCGGUGGGACGACUUGAUGAUAAAACUUCAACAGUUCGCAAAAAUUCUGUAGCGUUACUAAAGUCAUUUUUGGAAAAUAAUCCUUUUUCUGCCAAAUUAACGCUGGCAGAACUGCAAAAAAGAUAUGAAGAAGAAUUAGAAAAAUUGGAAAAGCUAAAGGAAGUAUUAGUUGAAGAAAAUAAGAAACUGGCCGAAAUAGAAAAAGAUUGGGAGAAAAUUAUCCCAGAAUUGUUUCCAAUUAUAGAAGACGUACUAUCGAAAAGUUUGGGUGAAUUACCGAAUACACAGGAAAAUUAUGAAAAUAUGGUGAAAAAAGUGGCAAAUUUAUUAGUAGAAAAAAAAUACCGUGAAGCAGUUGUACUGGCAAAACAAGCAGAUCAUAUUGCGGGAAACUCUGAAUGGCUGGCAUUGAAAUUUGACGAGCAGUGCGCUUAUUAUUUAACAUUAUUAAAAUCAUAUAUAUUUAUCAACACUGGUAUAAACAAUCAAAUUAAUGAAACUUUUGAAACGCAAAUGAACACUGUUAAAUUUUUAAAUGAUUCAAUAGAGUUCUCGAAAAUUAUUACUGCAGCUCUUCCUAAAAUUCAAGAAAUGUUACUUUCAAAAACCAAUAGCGACGUGUUCGAAGCAGUGGACUUUUUUACAACUGGCUAUAUGUUUGGAAUUAAAGGAACAGAAAGUGGAAUGAGGCAAAUGUUACAUUUAGUAUGGUCUAGUGAUAAAGAAAAACGAGAUGUUUGUUCAAAUGCUUAUAAGAAAGUUUUGUUUACCACAGACUCUACUGGGAGAGCGCAUGCAAUUAAAGUAGUAAAAAAUCUUUGCCUUUUAUUUGAGGAACUGAAUUAUGGGGAGUAUAUUGCAAUGGAAGUUUUAAUUAAGGAGUGGGUAGAUACAAAUGAUAUUGAUCUUCAAAUAAUUCAAGUGCUUUUUGAACGGUUUACUCUUAAGUUAGAAGGAACAACUGAAAAUGAAUCAAGGCAAGCAUUAGAAUUGCUAAUUCUCGCAUCUAAUGCUAAAUCAACAAUUAUUACUGCUAACAUUAAUGUAAUCGAAACAAUUGGUUUCGAAGAGCGUGGUAUGAAAGAUCCAAGAAUCUACGUAGGCUGCUUGUCCUUUUUAUUGAAUUCAGUUCCUACAGAAUCCCGUUCGAAAUAUUAUAAACGAUAUGAUGAAAAUCACCCAUUAGUACAAAAAAUUUUAGGAUGUUUUAAGAAAUUGUUCUUUCACCCUCGAAUUGAAGAUUUUGAUAAUGUUGCUAUUAAAACGCUUGAGUUUCUGUAUAAUUUAGGGCAAGCUCCUGAUGUUAUAUGCCAAAAACUUAUUAUUGAUUUACAUGAGAAAUUGAAAGAGUUACAAGGAAAAUUCGAAGGAAUAUCACUUAAUAAAGUGGAAUUACCACCAAGUCAAACAUUAUCUCAACUACCAGUAGGGCAAACACUUACUCAAGAAGAAACAUUUACUCCAAAAUCAAAAAAGUUGACAAUCCCUGUUUUCCUCAUAACGCGGUUGAUAUUUGUUGUAGGCUUUGCGACAAUGAAAGAAAUGAUUUUCUUAGACAUUGACGUCUAUAAUAAUAUGAAAUUAAGGCAAGAGUUAAAAGAAGAGAUCAAAAAUCAGAAAAAGAAAAAAAAUCAUGUAAACAAUUUUAAACGGAAAACUAUAAACAUGUCUGCGAGUGAGUCAUUGAAAAGAUUAACAAACUCAGCAGCAGAACCGCAACAAGAACCUAAUGAGGAGCUAGUAGGAGCUACAGCAGAAGAUAGUAUUGCCGAAUUGAUUACACAUAUAUGUGAGGAUCAAAUGCUGUUCGCAAAAAAUGGAAUUUUGCCGAAACUGAUACCGAUUGUAGUUGAAAUCUGUAAACAUCCCGGCAAAUAUAAUGAUGAAUUACUACAACAAUCUUCUACUUUAGCUUUGAUUAGAUUUAUGUCUGUGUCCUCAAAAUUUUGCGAGACUUAUAUGCCGUUUUUAAUGAACAUCUUAUCAAAAACGAAAAAUUUGAAAAUAAAAUGCAAUAUUGUCGUGGGCUUGUCCGAUUUGACGUUUCGUUUUCCAAAUGUCUUGGAGCCUUGGACGGGUCAUUUGUAUGCAAUUUUACAUGAAACAGACAAUGAAUUGCGUUUAACGGCAGCAAAAAUAUUGAGUCAUUUGAUAUUGCAUGAAAUGAUUCGUGUGAAAGGUCAAAUAGCGGAUUUAGCUUUAUGUAUAGUUGACGAGUACGAAGAAAUUCGAAACAUUACAAAGCGAUUUUUUAAAGAAAUUGCGAACAAAUCAAAUAUUUUAUAUAAUGUUUUGCCUGAUAUUAUUUCGAAGUUGAGUGAUGUUAAUGUUAAUGUUGAGGAAGAAAAGUAUAGAAUAAUAAUGAAAUAUAUACUUAAUUUAAUACAUAAAGAUCGUCAAGUGGAAAGUUUAGUUGAAAAAUUAUGUUUACGUUUUUCAGUAACACAUGAGGAGCGUCAAUGGAGAGAUAUUGCUUAUUGUCUCAGCUUGCUUAAUUAUACAGAAAAAACUAUUAAAAAAUUAACUGAUAAUAUUCAAUACUUCAAGGACAAAGUUCAAGUAGACGAAGUUUACAAUUCAUUCAAACUUAUAAUUUCAAAUACAUCAAAACUUGCUAAACAAGAAUUGAAAAAUGCGGUCGUAGAAUUUGAAUCUCGAUUAGCGGAGUGUUUGGAAGUUAGAGAAGGUAACCCAGAGAUAUUAAGCAGUAGCGAAGCUACGGAAUCGCGGACAACUACAACAUCUAAAUCAAAAACUUCAAAUAGAAAUCGAAACAAAAAGCCAGUUGGAAAUAUAAAAACUUCAAAGAAGAUUCGUCAAAAUAUGACGUCAUCAGAAAGCUCUAGUAUUAGUGAAGAAAGCGAAGAAGAAUAUAUAUCAUCCUCCAAAAAUAGUAAUGUUGGAAAAAGAAAUGGACGGUUAAAAAAUUCUCAAAAAAAUAAACACUCUGGAAAUAAAAUUUUAACGGAUUCAGAGUCUAGUUCUGAAUUAGAUGUUCCACAACCCAAAAGAGGUCGUCAAAGAAAAUAAUUUAUAAAAAUGUAUUUAUAUUAUAUAUAUACAUUAUAUAUGGGUGUAUACAAUAUAUAUAAAUAGAAAAAAUAUUAUAUGAUUAUGUUAAAUUUUAAGUGUAUGUAACUUUUGGUUUCAAUUAGCUACAUAA